AUUGGGAAAGAAUUGGUGAAGGCAAACAAGAAAAAUGAAGUAAUGUUCACAUGUGAACCUCUCUGAUUAUUUGCUCACCAUCCAUAGCUCUCUUCUCUUAUCACAGAAGUACAGAAACUCAGUUUCAGAAAAUUUUUUGCUUGCAAAGUGACUCCGGCUAUGGUGGUAGCAUGACCGAGAUUGAUAAAAGAACUUGAGGUGCUACUAAAAUGGUUACAGGGCUAAUGACAACAAUGUGCUUUAUAUUUCGACAUCACAAGAGGGACGGCUUACUUAGCGAUGAAAAUCACAGAAGAGAUGAAAUCUCAGGAUCUGUACCUUCUUCAAAAAGCCAAGGUUUGCGAGAAUGUUUCAAUGGGAUUCUUGCUCAGAAGAUUGAUUGGGCAUCCAUGAGUAAAAUCUUCAAAAAGUGGAUCAAGAACCCUCUGAAUAUGGCCAUCCUUUUAUGGAUAAGUUGUGUUGCCGUCUCAGGAGCAAUCCUAUUUCUUGUGAUGACGGGAAUGUUAAACAGCGUCCUGCCCGAGAAGUCAGAGAGAAAUGCCUGGUUUGAGAUCAACAAUCAAAUCCUCAAUGCUCUCUUUACUCUUAUGGCUCUUUACCAACACCCAAAGAGGAUCUACCACCUUGUACUUCUGUUGAGAUGGAAGCCAAAGGAUGUCUCAUUGCUUAGAAAAAUGUACUCUAAGAAUGGUACUUACAAACCCCAUGAAUGGGCACACAUUAUGGUGGUAAUUUUUUUACUCCAUUUGAAUUGCUUUGCUCAGUAUGCCUUGUGUGUGCUUAACUUGGGAUACAAAAGAUCUGAGCGACCUGCUGUUGGUGUCGGUGUCUGUCUUUCAGUUGCAAUUGCUGCCCCUGCAAUAGCAGGUGUGUACUGCAUUGUUAGUCCCCUCGGGAAGGAGUAUGAAGUUGAUCAUGAAGCGCAGGAUCAUAUUCUCACUAAUGGCACAAGCCGGUCCAGCCACUUGAUGAUGAAGUCAUUCAAGAGGACAUUUUCAUUUGCAUCUAGAGAUGGCCAAAGGAUUUCUGAGUAUGCACCUCAAUGGAGAGGGGGUUUAUUUGAUUUUCAGGAUGAUAUUGCUAUAUCUUAUUUAUCUCUUUUCUGCAGCUUUUGUGUUUUUGGGUGGAACAUGGAGAGGCUUGGGUUUGGUAACAUGUAUGUUCAUAUUGUAACUUUUAUCCUCUUCUGCACAGCCCCAUUUUGGAUCCUCAGUUUGGCUGCCUUCCAAAUUGAGAAUGAAAUUGCCAGGGAAGCUUUGGGUUUAACUGGCAUUGUCCUUUGUAUGUUUGGUUUGCUGUACGGCGGCUUCUGGAGAAUUCAAAUGAGGAAGAGAUUCAACAUGCCAGCAAAUGACUUAUGCUGUGGAAAGCCUGCAGUUACAGAUUGUGCGCAAUGGCUUUUCUGUUGCUGGUGCUCACUUGCUCAGGAAGUAAGGACAGCCGAUUUCUAUGACAUAGUGGAAGAUAAGUUCUGCGGGAAGCAAAUGAGUGAGCAUGGCAAGCCUGCGCUAUCACCCUUACCGCGUGAAAGUGGAAUUACUGAAUAUAGAUUUGAUCAAACUUCUCUACUUUCGAAGAAGCCUACAAGUCCAAGCAGACUUCAACAAGAUUACCAUAGUCAAGAUAGACAGCUCCCCAAGGUGAAAGAGGAAUCUACAAUGGAGCCCCCUGUACCAUUGAUUUUGCAGAGGGAAGAGAAUAUCCAACCAAAGACACAAAAAGGAAGGAAUUAUUAGCGAAGUUCUGGAAAGACUACAGGAACUAUUAUGUGAUUUUGAUAAACUCAUUGUCUUUGGCAUCUUUAUAUGUAGUAUGUUGAAAUGAAAUAUAAGCUUAUAUUACACUUCAAAUACAUGCAUAUUGGAAAAUUUUGAUUCUCUAUGUCUUUGCUAGAAUUUUUGGGCAGAGCUAGCCCACAAAGGUAAAGCUCAUGGUUCAAUGCAAUGCAGCAAUGGUAUUGAAUUAAGUCAUCUGAUACCAAUUUGACCACACAAAAUGUGCUUGCAUAGAGCUAAAACCACAAUGAUUUUGGUCAAAAAAUCCAGCCCCAAAAAUAAGUUAUAGACCAACUGAAACUGAAGUAAUUGAUUGUGAGAUUCAGUGGUGGUGGCUAUGUAGCCUAUUCUGCAUUAAACGGAACUUGUAAACUAAGAAAUCAACAAUCCAUCAAACAAUUAAAUAACUGGUCAAGGGUUUAUCUUUAUUAGUAGUUCCAUUUUAUUUGACAGACAACAGCAGUUCCAUUUUCUUAACACAUCACAGAAGACCAGAGAUGUCUAUCAUGCAUUGUUC